UUUGCUCGUUGAUAGUUUUGUUGAUAGUUUAUUCGUAAAACGACUUUUUAACAAGACAGCCGGCUUUCCUGCAAGAAAUUAUUAAAAAUUAAUUAAAAACUUGUAAAAAUUCGUAUAAAAAAAUUUUAAAAAAAUCAUCAUGAACUAAAAUUUUGUUAAAAAAAUCUAAAAAACUUAAACUUUUAAAGAAUGUCAGGCGAAAUAUUGUCACAACAACAACAACAAACAUCAACAAAUCCGAGUGCGAGCCAAGUUUCAGAUCAAUUCCAUGAACGCGUACCUCCGAUCGGCGAUUUGGUUUGUUCUCACGUGAGAAAAACAUGUUCCGUGAAAAUUCUCAAGCGACGCGUGCCGAUUUUGAAUUGGGCGACAAAAUAUCAGCCAAAGUACUUGUUAGAGGAUAUGGUAGCGGGCAUUACAGUUGGAUUGACGGCUAUUCCGCAAGGUAUUGCAUAUGCUGUUGUUGCGGGACUUGAGCCUCAGUAUGGAUUGUAUUCGGGUUUUAUGGGUUGCUUCAUUUACAUCAUUUUUGGCAGCUGUAAGGCAAUCACGAUUGGACCAACGGCAAUUAUGGCUUUAAUGACUCAACCAUUCAUAACAGGAAAAUCUCCAGAUUUUGCGGUUUUGUUAGCUUUUUUAUCGGGAGUCAUCACAUUGUUGUUCGGCAUCUUGAAUUUGGGAUUUUUAGUGCAAUUUAUCUCAUCUCCGGUUAUUUCUGGCUUCACAACUGCAGCAGCAAUCACGAUCGCAAGUGGUCAAGUAAAGUCUUUAUUUGGACUUCCAGGGAAAGGAACAGAAUUUCUGAAGGCUUGGGAGAAUUUUUUCAAAAAUAUCAAACAUAUUCGACCAUGGGACACACUUUUGGGCGUUGUGUGCAUCGUAAUUUUACUGCUUUUGAAGAAAAUCGGUCAACAUCGCGGAAAUUUCACACAAACAGCAAAAUAUUUGUCGUUAUCAAGAAAUGCUUUGGUUGUUUUUGGCGGGACUUUGAUGGCAUACAUCUUCAGUUUGUACGAAAUGACGCCUUUUCUGCUAACAGGAAAUAUCGGAAAAGGUCUUCCUCCUUUUCGAUUGCCUCCAUUUUCGACAGUUGUGAAUAACCAAACGAUCGGAUUCACGGAAAUGAUUAACGAAUUGGGUUCUUCGAUCAUUUCGAUACCGCUGAUCAGUAUUUUGGAGACUGUUACUAUCGCAACGAUCUUUUGUGAAAAGGGACUUGCCGUUGAUGCGACACAAGAAAUGAUCGCCGUUGGUUUCUGCAACAUCUUUAGUUCGUUUUUCUCGGCGAUGCCUACUACUGGGUCAUUUACCCGAAGUGCUGUGAAUCACACGAGCGGCGUACGAUCGCCACUUUCGGGUGCUUUUACGGGAGCUCUUGUAUUGUUAGCUUUAGGGCUUCUUACAUCGACAUUUUAUUUCAUUCCGAAAGCCGUGUUGGCAGCUGUCAUCAUCUCUGCGAUGUUUCCAAUGAUGGAAUUCAAGGAAAUUCUGAAAACUUUUAGGAUUAAAAGGAUUGAUGUGUUGCCGGUAAUCGUUACGUUACUUACGUGUCUCUUCAUUGGCUUGGAAGAGGGGAUUUUAAUAGGAGUUGCUGUCAAUUUAGCACUUUUACUGUACUCAACAUCACGUCCGAGUGUUUCGAUGGAACGAUUAACGAUUGAUGAGAACGAAAUAAUGAUCGUGACACCGAAUCAAAGCUUAAUUUUCUCAUCGGCGGACUUUUUUCGGUACAAAGUGACGAAAUUUGUGUUAGAAAAUGAAGAUGCCGAGUUCAUAGUUAUCAAUGGAAGAUUUGUACAGAGUAUUGAUGUGACAGCGAUGAAGAAACUAUCCAGCUUGAUAGAAAACCUCACGGAACAAAAUAAAAAAGUAAUUUUAUGGAAUUGGGAGAACUAUAAUGCUCAUAGUUUAGUCGUAAGAUACAAAAUGGAAUACAAAGAUCUGUUCAAAUUCUCCUCUGAUAUCAACGAGCUGAUGUACGAACUGAAGUUGACGAUCCCGAGAGAUGUGUGAUACAAAAAGAACCAAAAAAUAAAGUUAUUUUUCUCUGUUGUUAAAAAAUUUGUUUAAAAAUUUUUUUUUUUUUCAGUGAAAACUAUACAAAAAACUUCUUUGGAUAAUUUUUUUUUUAAAUUUUCAAGAUAUUUAGA